UCUUUCUUGGGUGUAUUUGCGCUGCUGUUGAGUCCAUUUCUCGUCCAGCUCGCAUUCGUACCUCCCUGGCCCCCCUUCCUUUUUUCUUCUUUCACCCUGCUCACCCCUCCCACACGACAUUCGGUUAGCUACUUGGUCGGGUCCAUUCCCGAUCGAUUUCGACCAGCGGAUGUCAACCAAAGUUCUAAUGCCGGAACGCUCUCAACACCCGUCGUCAUCCUCCUCAUCGUCGGCCUUCGACACUAUGGUCGACCACCAAGGCGAGCUCAUCCAGACGGGCAGCCCGUACUUUCUGUGCACGGCCCUUCCGACACAUUGGCGAUCCAACAAAUCACUGCCCGUCGCCUUUCGGGUCGUGGCCCUUGGAGAAAUCGCCGACGGCACUGUCGUCGCCAUUCGGGCCGGCAACGACGAAAACUACUGUUGCGAACUCCGCAAUCACACGGCCGUCAUGAAGAACCAAGUGGCCAAAUUCAGCGAUCUCCGUUUUGUCGGCAGAUCGGGAAGAGGUAAAAGCUUCACGCUGUCGAUCAUCGUCAGUUCGUCGCCGGUGCAAGUAACCACUUACAACAAAGCCAUCAAAGUGACAGUGGACGGACCCCGGGAACCGCGCACCAAGUCACCAGGCCAUCCGUCACCAUUUGGGCCAUUCUCCUUGUUCCAGGCACCUUGGCUCGACCCGGCCUAUUUUAACCUUUCCAAUUUGACCCAGUUCGGUCAGUUUGGUGCCAAUAUGGGAAACCUGGCCAAUUUGCCGUGUCCACCACCGUGGGAUCACCAUCACGUGAGACGAAUGACCGACCCUCUGGCUCUCAUUAAAGGAGUCAACAAUUCGUCGUCGGUGGGAGACAGAGCUGAACUAAGCUGGCCUUCCAACACCAGCCAGCCCGUCUCGUUGCCCAACUCGGCGUCACAUCCGCCACACGGCAUGGUACCCUCCUUAGCCGGCUAUCCGCCUUCCGGAUUGGCUUAUUCACCGACGGUGCCGCUACCGACUCCUCCGCCCAGUCUGUUACCCGCCCUGCCAGUCUCCGGUGGUGUCAACGGUCUCAACGGUCUCAACCCCAAUUUCAAUUUGAGUUUGAACAUCAAUCCCCGACUACUGGGUCCAGCUCACAUGGCCCACCCGUUGACGUCGCUCAUCAACUCACUUCACGGCUUCAGCAACAACAAAGCGUCGCCUACAGCGCUCAACGCAGCGCAGCCAGUUGCAUCGCAGCAGCGUCAGCAACAACAGCAGCAACAACAACAGCAUGACGUCAGCAAGAGCAAGACGGAGUCCGACCGUAAACCGUCGGCGCUGAAAGAAAAAAUGGCCGAGUCGACGGUAUGCGUCACGAAAUCGGCAUUCCACCAGGUCACUCCGGCACUCAUGCCGCAAGAAAGCACAAAGAGUGAGCCGAGUUCUCCGUCGUCCACCAGCAUUUCUCCGACGGGCGUCACGCACGGCAGCAACGCCAAAAUCGCGACGGCACCCGUUUCAAUCACGACGGCUAUCGUCAAUCCAACCAAAACGGUUUGGAGACCUUACUGAAAACUAUAUGAAACGGGAUUUGAAAAAGAUGCAAAUGAAAAAAAAAAAACUAAAAAAAAAAAAACAAACAAAAAAAAAAACAAAAAUCUUAUAGAAAAUGCUUCCCUUCAUUGUUCUAUCGUUUUUGUUUUGAAUUUCUUCAAUUGUACACACCGGUCGGUUUCAUAGAGCGAAUCUCUUGUCAGCUGGAGCCGCCGUUUCGCCAUUGUGUUUAGAAAAACAAAACAAAACAAAAAACUAUACGCGAUUUUUGUCUUCACUUCUUUCAUUGCGUAUCAGAACGACGUAAGCUUAUUAUGAAAAAGCAAACCAGUUAUAAAAUGUCGACCACCAAGCCCUUUGUAAAAAGAAUUUUCUAGAACCGGCAGAACUUAAAAUAAUAAUUAUAAUUAUAAUGAUAAUAAAUGAUUUCUGCUUUGGUUUUUUGCCCUUUAUAUUUCACGUCAAAGUUCACUGCUCGCGUUAGAGUUAGAUUACUAAUGUUUGUUUGUUUGUUUUUUUUUCUCGUACCAAUGGAAAGCCCUGUCAUAUUUGAUUCCCUUUACGAAAUGCGAAAAAUAAAU